UGUAUUACAUAAUUAUAAUUACGUAAUGCAUUUAGCUAACCUUCCUCCGUUGAUUGUGGCCAGGGUACACACCUAUGACUUCAAACGAAGGCCCGACACAUGCAACCGAAAUUAUUUCGACUUCAUCCAACUUAUUUAUUCCUGCCUGCCCUGAAGAGGCCAAGCCCAAAGUGGGAAUGUGUUUAAAGUGCUUCCACCUCAACCCGCUCACAACAAGGGUAGUGGAAAUUUAGGAAUUGCAUAUUUGCUCACCCCUACGGAGAAAUUGAUGGAAUACAUCCAGACGGUACGGGUCAUUCGGCAAUUUUUGGCACUCGUUUAUGGCCAGGUUGGAACGAACGUCGGAGAACACGCCGGAGACGGAGGCACGGUGGAGCACAUGGGAGGAACUUCUGUUAGCGUGCGCGGUCAACCAUCACGGCACCAAGAAUUGGGAUAGCGUGGCCGUCGAGCUCCAGAAACGGAGUUCGGUUCCAGCGAUGAUGCUAUCGCCCGAGAACUGUAAGCUUAAAUACAUCCAUCUAAAGCGCCGUUUCACUUCCGGCGAAGUGAACGGUGUCGGUUACGAGCAUAACGAACGGACAGAGACGGCAGUCCCCUUGCUUGAGGAGUUGCGGAAGCUGCGAGUCGCUGAACUGAAACGCGAUGUGGAGCGUUAUGACCUCUCCAUCCUGUCUCUGCAAUUGAAGGUGAAGACACUAACAGAAGAGAGAGAUCGGAGUCAGAGAGACGGCGAAAGAUCAGAUCUGGCGAUUAUUGGAGAGGGAGAUGACUGCUGCGAGCACAAAAUUGAAGGCGAUGCAAAGAUAACUCCGGAAUCAAACGCAGUAGAUCUAGUCACCGGCGAGAAGGACCAACAGUCGAUGAAUGAAUCGAUUUCAACAGACCAGAAAGGCGGUAGUAAUGCACGAGCAGUUACCUCCGACGAUCAGAAACCCUCGGGAGCGGGGCGAACCGGAAAUGUAGAAGAUGAACCGCGCAAAGAAAGAGAGAGGAAAGCGGUUCGAGCGGAUUCCUGUAAUGGCAGUUCGAACAGUGUUGAGAAGGAGCCGGUUCGCGAGUUGGUGAAAACCGAAUCGGUGACGGAUUGGGCCGAGUUGUUGGAAUCUGUGGCCGAGUCAAAGGUUAAUGAGGAGGGCACCAAAGAGAACUCGGACGUGCAAAGCUCAGUGAGCAAAUCGAGGAAAGCAGAGAGUUCUAACAGGGAGAACUGGCGCAGUCGCAGCUGCAAUGAGCGUGGGAACACGAACGAAUCUCCAGCCACAAAAAUCAUGCCUUCUGAAUUUCAACCGUUGAUCAAUUUUUUAGAAAAGAUUGAAAGCCACAAGCAUGGAUCUUUGUUCACGCGCAUGCUCGAGAGCCAGCAAACAGAAGAUUACAAGCUUUUAAUCAGGCAACAUAUUGAUUUUGAAACAGUUCGACUAAGGCUUCAUGAAGGGCGAUAUGUAGUUUGCAAAGCCAAAUUCUUUCGUGAUUUACUUGUGCUAGCAAACAACGCCAUCAUCAUCUUCAGGAAGAAUACCUCUGAGCUCACAGCAGCAAUGGAGCUUCGACAGCUCAUCUCUAAAGAGCUGUCAAGAGCCAAGGUGUAUUUCCCGUCCUUGAAGCAGAAAUCUCUUAUAAAACUAGGACCAUUUACCAAGGAAGAAAACCCUAAGCAGUCUGACAAACAGGAUGCAAAAUCAUUAGUUGGUUGCCGCAAGAGCAACUCUAUUACUGCUCCAAAAUCAUCUGGAUCUUCUUCUGGGGUUGAUAACACGAAGGAUCAAAUAGCAAGAAAGUUCGACGAUGGACCAAGUAUUAUAGACGUGAAACCGAAGUCCCCUUCACAAGCCGUCCUUACAAACCCUGAAGAAAACAGAACCACAAUGAAGAGAAUGCGAGAAACAAGAAACGAGAAGAAUUUCAAUUGCAUCAACCAAAACAAAAUCUCAGCUACAGUCGUAGAGAAAGCACAAAGAAAGCGGGAAAACCACCCAUCCAAAAGUGAGAAUAAUAAUAACAGUACUAAUAAUGCCCAAUCUAACACAGACUCAAAGAAACGAGGUGCAGCAAAUUUCUUGAAUCGAAUGAAACAAAGCUCUUCCACAAACAGCAGGUCGCUCAUGGAUGCUGUGAAGAGCACCCCACUCAGUGAUGAUAACAAAAGUAGAAAAGAACUUCCCUUGUCUUCAAAACCCCCUCUUGAACAGGUUAUACAAAAGGGAACCUUUCGAAAGGUGUCUGGUAGGCCACCAAAGAGAGCUGCAGCUCCAUCUUCUCAGUUGAAUAAACGGAAUCUCGAGGUAGAUCUAUCUGAGCCGCUCGCUACAAAACAAGCAAAGAAAAGACCAAGAAGGUGACAUUGUCUAUAUCAAUUGUAUGAAGGUACCUUGCUGUAUUGAUUAUGUACUAAGGUUCAUAAAUCAUACAUAGUGUAUUUGGUUUGCAUUUGUUGGGGUGAUUUUGUGAAUUUCGAAUCUUAAUCACAAUUUCUGGUAUUAAUUUUUUUAUAUAAAAAAAAAUGAAAUACUACCUCCGUC